AUUUGAAAGUCUGCACCAGAAGUACUAUUUUGUUCACAAUGUGUGUCUGGAUGGUGGUGAGGGCGCAUCAAUGACAGGGACACCAACACACAAACACUCGCCGCUCGGCCUGUUUCAUGUUUCUGGCUCCAGUCAGCCGACAGCCGGCUGUUUGUGAUCUGAGCUGAGGAUGCGGGAGCAGGCGUGGGCCUCCCGGUUCCCCCGCUGCCUGGUGCUCAUCAUCACCGCUCUCACAUCGUGCGUGUCCUCCGACCUGCGGCCGUGUAGUGAGACCGACUACUACUACCAGUACACAGAGUGUGACAGCACAGGGUCACGAUGGAGGGUCGCCAUCCCUCUCAGUCCAAGCUCCUGCUCAGACCUUCCACCUCCAACCAGAGGAACAGACUGCUCUUUCUCCUGUCCGGCCGGGAAGUUUUUAGAGAUGAGCACGCAGCAGUGCACGCCGUGUGUGGCCGGCUCUUAUUCGCUGGGCAGCGGCCUCCGUUUUGACCAAUGGGACGCCAUCCCUGCAGGCUUCACCAGCCUGGCCAGCUUCUUGGACCCCGGGCCAAAUGGAGAGGAUCUUCAGACGUGCAACAGCUCAUCAUGGACACCACAGGGAGUGUAUCUGGAGUCGAACCGCGACGAGUGUACAGUGUCGUUGGUUUACGCCAUCCAUCUGGAGAAAAAGGGCUCCGUCGCCUUCACCUACCAGUACCCCGACAACAACAUCUUCUUUGAGUUCUAUGUCCAGAAUGAGCAGUGUCAGGAAAUGGCUCAGACCGAUGACCAGAAGUGGAUUAAAGUCACUAACAAUGGAGAAUGGGACACGCACACAGUGAAUCUGAAGUCCGGCACGAACAUCCUUUAUUGGAGAACCACCGGCAUCUUGGUGGGAGGGAAGAUGGUCAAACCUGUGCUGCUCAAGAACAUCCAAAUAGAAGGUGUCGCCUACACAUCGGAGUGUUUCCUGUGUCCGGCCGGCUGGUUCAGCUCGGCGCCCGGCUCCUCAUCCUGUCAGCCGUGUCCCAGCAACACUUUCUCCACAAAGGGGGCGUCGUCCUGUACAAACUGCCCUGAACACCACUACUCACAUGAGGGAUGGGCAGAGUGUAAAGUGAGGCCGCCGUGCUCAGAGAAGGAUUAUUUCCAGAUCCACACGGCCUGCGACAGCGAAGGGAAGACGCAGGUGUUGUAUCGUUGGGUGGAGCCGAAGAUCUGUGUGGAAAACAUCACGGCGGCCGUGGAGCUGCCUACGACGGUACAGAGAGAGCCCUGCCCUCCCUGCAACCCCGGCUACUACAACAGCAACAGCAACGACUGUUUGCCCUGCCCACCUGGAACCUACUCAGAUGGCACCUACGUGUGCACUGAGUGUCCUGCAGGUACAGAGCCAGUGUUGGGUUACGAGUAUAAAUGGUGGAACGUGCUACCCUCCAACAUGAAGACUUCCUGUUUCAAUGUGGGCGACUCCAAAUGUGACGACAUGAAUGGAUGGGCGGUUGCAGGGGACCACAUUCGCAGCGGAGCAGGCAGUUCAGAUAACGACUACCUCAUCCUCAGCCUGCAUGUGCCUGGCUUCAAGGUCCCAGCCUCACUUUCGGGGAUGACGGGCAGUGAGUUUGGCUGGAUAACCUUUGUGUUCGAGACCAUCUGCUCUGGAGACUGUGAGCUCUACUUCAUGAUGGAUGUGAACAGGAAGAGCACCACAGUGGUGGAGUCCUGGGAAGGCAACAAGGAGAAACAGUCGUACUCGCACAGCAUGUCCAGGAACUCGUCUGUCACAUUCACAUGGGCCUUCCAGAGGACUAACCAUGCUCUGGACGUGCGUCGUUAUGUCAGUGACAUGGUGAAGCUGUACUCCAUCAGCGUGACAAACGUCCUGGAUGGGGUUGCGUCAGCAUGUCGGGCCUGCGCUCUGGUACCCCAGAACUCCCAGCAAGCCGGCUCCUCCUGCGUCCCCUGCCCUGCCGGUUUUUAUAUCGACACAAGCACCAACCGGUGCCAGGAGUGUCCGCCCAACACGCACCUGGCAGGGCGCCACACCUACGGCCAGGAUGCAUGUGUCGCCUGUGGGGCUGGAAGUAUUAGCAACAAGGAACACUCUCGUUGUUACAGCGACUGCUCCUUCUCCCACACAGAGAACAACCGUACACUGACCUUUGACCUCAGCCCCCUGAGCGACGUGGCCUCGCUGACCAUCGGGCCGAGUUUCACCUCUAAAGGCACAAAGUACCUUCAUCUGUUCAACAUUAGCCUGUGUGGCCACGAGGGGAAGAGAGCCGCUGCCUGCACAGAUAACGUCACCGACGUGUCCAGCAAGGACGACCAGAGCGACUCGGCUCAGCUGGUCAACUCAGUGGACAGCUUCAUCUGUCAGUCAACCAUCAUCCCGGCGGAUGGGCGGGGUUUCAGGAUGGCCAUUUCCUCCCAGUCCAUCAGCCUUGCAGACACGUUCAUCGGAGCAACAGUUGACUCAGUCCUGGAUUAUGUGGACGCUAAACCAGAUCUUUUUCCAGAAAAAUCAAAGCAUGUUCCAGACAUCAACUUCUUCUACAGGUCAACGCAGGCAUGCGAUCAGGGUCGCAGUUCAGUCAUUACUGUUCGCUGUAACCCCGAGAAGUCUGAACGAGGAGAGCUCUCUGUGCCCAGCUCCUGUCCUGCGGGAACGUGUGACGGAUGUACGUUUCACUUCUUGUGGGAGAGCGCCAGCGGCUGUCCGCGCUGCGCAGAAGACGACUACCACCGGAUAGAGGGAGCGUGCAAGGGAGGCGUCCAGGAAACUCUGUACAUGUGGAACGAGCCAAAGCUGUGCACCAAAGGCGCCUCGCUGCCUCCCAGGAGCUCCUCUCCGUGUGAGGCCAUCGCUCUGCUGCUGAAGGUCGGUGUCGGUGGCGGAGCCUUCAUCGCCGUGCUCCUCAUCUCUCUCACCUGCUAUUUCUGGAAGAAAAACAAGAGACUGGAGUACAAGUACUCUCGUCUGGUAAUGUCUGCCAACAAGGAGUGUGAGCUUCCAGCUGCAGACAGCUGUGCUCUGGCUGAAGGGGAGGAACCCGACGACGACGUGGUCUACACCAAGAAACCCUCCCUGCUGGGGAAACUCCGGGCCAUCGCUAACAAGCACGAGGGUGGAGCGAGCUGCGAGUCCGUGCAGCUGAACUCCUCCCAGUGUGAUCGAUGGGUCCUGGGAUAAACGGAUGCCAACAGAGAGGGAGGACCGAGUAGAAUAAUGGAGGAACAGUCAGUCAGUGACGAUAUCAAUCACUGCCCUCCUCCUUAUGUGUCCUUCGCCCCGCCCCCUCCCCUUUAUUGUGUGUGUGUGUGUGUGUGGGGGGGGCCACCAAUACAGACGUCACUGGAAAAUAUUUUAUGCUGGCAAAAAACUGGACAGUUUUACUCCUAGAAUACACAGGAAACGCACUCCUGCUUUAAUGCCAUGGAGGCUCCAGGGCGGCAACUGGAAGAGAAACUUGCUUUUAAUGUUUUUUGUAUGUUUUGUAUUUUUAUUUGAGAUAUUUUCUGUUCAGAGUUACGUAUUUAUAUUAAUGUUAUAAUGAUGAACCUUUAUUAAAGUCCUCUUUGACUU